AUGGGCGGCAAUAAAAAGCGCAAAGACAUGCAGCCAUCGGUAGCCACGAUUUUCCUGGCCCGAGAAAAUGGCCGGCCCUCUCUCUCAGAGUACCCGCCCAAAUCAGGUUCUGACAGUGAGGACGGGAAAGCACAAGGGGACCCCACGGCACCCCUCACUAUGGGCAACUUAAAGAGGCUGCUCCACGAAACCUCUGCAUACAUUAAGGCACAUACAGCCCCAGAGCUGGAGAAACAAAUAACAGGGCUCAAGGAAGAUCUCGAGGCCCUAACCUCACGCACAAACAAGGCCAAGACCCAAAUUGUGGGCCUCACCCAAAAAUCGGAGGCCCACCAACAAGAGUUGGGUGACAUGCACAACAGGCUGCUACAACUCAAAGACAACCUAGAGGACCUGAACAACGGAUCCCGCAGAAACAAUAUUAGGAUCUGAGUACUCCCCGAAUCCGUGACCCUGGAUGCUAUACUUUUAAGUGUCAAAGAAAUCUUCAAGGCCCUUCUCCCAGAUGCCUCAGAACACCAUAGAAAGAGCUCACCGAGCCCUACGCCCCUUUGCCAAAUUUGACCAACCCAAGGUACAUUAUCAUGAAAAUGCUACUUUUACCGGUCAAGGAGAAGUUGAUGUCUAUCGCAAGAGACAAUCCACCUUCACAUCAGGACCAUCCUAUAAAUUUCUUCCAAGACUCGGCUCCUUCAACAUUACACAAACGGAGGGAACUCAAACCCCUCACAAUGGCAUUGUCGAACCAAUGGCUGAAAUACAUACGGGCCACCCCUUCAAGUUAGUGGUGAAACGGGAUAACCAAACCUACACGCUGCACCAACCCACCGAUAUGCAAGACUUUGUCAAUCAUAUUGGGAUUACACUGAUUCACGAACCCCUGCCAGAAGUAACAAAUCCACCACGGGGCUAUGGACAUAGGCCUGGGAGCCGUCCACUCCUGCCCCAACAAGCCAGGAAGAGACCCACUUCCACCCUGAGAGGGCUCCACCAAGGAAACACCAGAACGCGCUCACGAGGGUCAUGGACAUUAUCUACAUGA